AUGGCUAGCCAGGUGCCACCGUCGACGCCGCUUCCUCGCGUGGCGAUCCAGUUCUGCACGCAGUGCAAGUGGAACCUCCGCGCAGCCUAUUACGCUCAAGAACUCCUAUCUACCUUCUCCACCGUCCUCGGUGAGGUUGCUCUCCAACCCUCUACCGGGGGCACGUUUAUCGUCUCCAUAACGCACCAGGCCCCAGAAGCCGAGGCCGCUUCGACAAAGGUGCUCUGGGACCGGCGAGAAGAUGGCGGCUUCCCCGAGACCAAGGAGCUCAAGAGGAGAGUGAGGGAUGUUGUCGAACCUGGCAGGGAUCUCGGCCAUGUGGAUGGGAAGCACGCAAAGAAGGCUGAGGAGAACAAGGCGGCCCAACCUCAGCAAGCAGAGGAAAAGGCUGUGCAAGGAGAAGCGAGCCAGGGAGGAGACAAGAAAUGUGAAGAUUGCCAGUGA